CAUAUUUUGUCCUUGCCUUCACCUCUUUGACACUCCCAACCUUUCGUUUUCAACCAUCUCAAAGAGACCAUCAUCAAAAGCAAAAAGCUUUAAUGGAGAAAUCUGGGUAUGGAAGAGAUGGGAUUUUCAGGUCUUUAAGACCUCCUUUGCUUCUUCCCAAAGAACCAAACUUAUCAAUGGUUUCAUUUCUAUUUAGAAACAUCGGUUCUUACCCUGAAAAACCGGCUCUCAUCGAUUCCGAUUCCGAUGAAACACUCACUUUCUCUCAGUCCAAAUCCACCGUCAUCAAGCUCUCCCAUGGUUUUCUCAAGCUGGGUAUUAACAAAAACGACCGUGUCUUGAUCUUCGCGCCAAAUUCCAUCCAGUUCCCUCUUUGUUUCUUCGCUGUUACAUCCAUAGGCGCCAUUGCUACAACCGCUAACCCAAUUUAUACCAUUAAUGAACUCUCGAAACAAGUUAAAGAUUCAAACCCCAAGCUUGUCGUCACCGUCCCUGAAUUGUUUGACAAAGUCAAGGAUUUCAACCUUCCCGUCAUCUUGCUUGGUCCUAAACGAAACCGACAACCGUUCGACGUUAAAAAUGUCCCAAAGAUCCUGUCUUUUCACGAUCUUCUCGAUUUAGCUGGUGAUGUAAAAGAGUUUCCUCAUGUUUCUGUCAAACAAACCGAUACGGCAGCUCUUUUGUACUCUUCAGGCACGACGGGGAUCAGUAAAGGUGUCGUUUUGACACAUGGGAAUUUCAUUGCAGCUGCUUUGAUGGUCACUAUGGAUCAAGAACUAGCUGGGGAUAUGCACCGGGUUUUCUUAUGUGUAUUGCCUAUGUUUCACGUGUUUGGAUUAGCUGUUAUUGUGUAUAGUCAACUACAAAAAGGGAAUGCUUUGGUGUCAAUGUCAAAGUUUGAUUUUGGGUUGCUUUUAAAGAAUGUAGAGAAGUAUAAAGCAACUCAUUUAUGGGUUGUGCCUCCUAUUGUACUUGCUAUGGCUAAACAGAGUAUUGUUAAGAAAUUUGACCUUUCUUCAGUGAGGGAAAUUGGUUCUGGUGCUGCCCCUUUAGGUAAGGAAUUGAUGGAGGAAUGUGCAAGGAAUUUUCCACAAGCUGUGGUCAUGCAGGGCUUCGGAAUGACCGAAACGUGCGGCGUUGUCUCGAUGGAGAAUACUUCAGUCGGUGUUCGAAACACUGGUUCAACGGGGAUGUUGGUUUCAAACGUCGAAGCCCAAAUAGUCUGUACAGAGAGUCUAAAGCCUCUUCCUCCUAAAAAAUUUGGCGAAAUUUGGGUUCGAGGUCCUAAUAUGAUGCAAGGUUACUUCAACAAUCCACAAGCAACAAAACUCACAAUAGAUAAGAAAGGUUGGAUGCAUACAGGAGAUCUUGGAUACUUUGACGAGGACGGGAAUCUCUAUGUCGUCGACAGAAUUAAGGAGUUGAUCAAGUACAAAGGUUUCCAGAUUGCACCAGCAGAGCUUGAAGGACUUCUAGUAUCUCACCCUGAAAUAUCGGAUGCUGUUGUCAUCCCAUACCCUGAUGCUGAAGCUGGUGAGGUGCCAAUCGCAUACGUAGUUCGUUCCCCUAACAGUUCGUUAACAGAAGAAGAUGUUCAAAAAUUUAUUGCCGAACAGGUUGCGCCUUUCAAAAGAUUACGGAGGGUGACAUUCAUAAACAGUGUCCCAAAAUCGGCUUCGGGGAAGAUCCUGAGAAGACAACUUAUAGAGAAAGUACGAGCCAAAAUCUGAGAUUCUAUGGUUCUGGUUUAUUUUUAGCAUAACAGGAACAUGAACUAGUGAUUGUUAAGUUAAGAACCUGUCCUUUUAUCUUUCUUUUUUUGCAGCAAUCUUAUUGUUCUAAAAUUACAUAUAUAAAAGUGAAUUUGAACAUGAAUAUUCCGAUUGGAAACUGGAAAUUAUAAAAAGACCAUCUCAUAUAAA